GGCGGAAUGGCCUGACCUUUCCACCAUAAAGAUUGGAUAAAACCACAACAAAGCCGUGGUGACCCACCUCGCUGAAAUCUUCGGCCAAUUCCUUCAAUUCGAAUUUCCCACUCUUUUCCCUGGGUGCUGAACCAGAGAAGACGGUCUUCAAGCUGAGAGAAUGCAGCAGUGGACGGGAAUUUCGUUGCCUGCACCAGCUACGAUUUUGGAAUCGCUGCAGAAAUCAAGUGGGAUUCGAAUAUAGAUUCUAGAUUUUCAGAAAGGCGUCUUAAGGCUGUGACGUCUUGGGCAGAAAUUUUCAAGGACAGGGUCUUAGAGACGUCUUAAUGAUGGAGAUGAGGCAGAUACCGCUGCUCCCACUGUUGUUGUAAUUGGAGUCUGAGAAAGUUGUUCGAGAAUCCAUGAGGGUUACGUGCAGUAUCGAUUCUCAGGGACAAAAAAAAUAGAAGAGGAUCUACCGUUUCUCCAUCAGCUUCCUUGACGUUGCUUGGUCAGAAACUGAAGGUAGGUUUUAUCUGUCUCGGAAACAUCUUCGUCGAAGCCAUGAUCUAUUUCCUCGUAUUUUGUGUUUUAUUUUGAAAUUUUGAAGAAUUAGUAAACGAUAAAUUCGACAUUUUAUUUUUUAACGAUGCCAUAACUGUAAAAAUAGAAUUAGUCAAUUACCUAAACUAUAGGGAUACUUUAAUAAAUUUGCCCUAUAUAAACCAACUAACUAACCUCUCGUAAUCCGUUAUCCACAUAUCUCAUCUCUCUGCGCGUCUUCUUCUCCUGCUCGCUCAUUUGCUGCUGAGUGCUGAGUGCUGAGUGCCGCCUUUGGUUUCUCUCUUGAAUUGAUCUGGUUCAUUUGCCAAGAGAUGAUGUUAGGAGGUCCCAAGAAGAGACAACGCGUGGGAAGUAGCAGUCACCUCUCCACCUUCGCUGAUAUCGAAUCCCCCAGGCCCGACGGCACCAUAACCGAGAUCUCCCAGAAACCCUUAGGGCUUCGCCGUCUCCACCUUCCUUCGUCUUCCUGUAACUUCAACGAUCCCUCCAACGCCGACGUCAUUCUCCAUCUAUACCUCGAAUCCUCCCUUUUCGAUCCAGACCCCGACUUAAUAUCCUGUGUCGGUUCUGUCGAUGAGGAUAACAUUCAGCUCCACCUCCACUCUGAUAUCCUCCGCCGCUCUAAAUACUUCUCCGCUCUUUUGUCCGACCGAUGGAAGAGGAAGUCCGGCGACGAUUCCUCAGAUGAUCUGGAUGGGAUUCUCCGCCUCAAUUUGAAAGUUCCACACUCUGUUGGGUCCAUCCACUCCCAUCUCACGGUGCUCCAGCUCCUUUACACCAAUGAUUUCUCCACUGCCAUUGAUAGUGCCUCCUGCGCCCUGGCGAUCCUUCCAGUCGCCCUCGAGCUCCUCUUCGAGGACUGCAUUAGAGCUUGUGUUCGAUUCCUCGAAGCUGUACCAUGGAGUGAAGAGGAAGAAAAGAUGGUUCUAAGUUUAAUUCCCUUUCUUAAGGAAGAGGAAUCUCGGGAGCUUCUUGCCAGGGUUUCUCCCGCCUAUAGAGAUUCAUCGGAGGACAUGCUCCAUGGCUUGAUACUUGCAGCCAUUCAUAGCUAUCCCAACAUGGCUUUUGUGAAAGCUUUCGUGGCGAAGCUUCUGAGGGAUUUCUCAUCGAGGGAUUCCGCAAGGAGGGUGUUGGAUCGGACAUUUGAGACAAGCUUGAAGAUUGUCAAGGAGUCGUUGGAAGAGUAUUCAAGCCCGGAUUUUAGAGGGGAUCACAACGAGACGGAGGCAAUUCAGCGGUUGAAUCUGCAUACAGCCAUGACUAAUGGGAGGCAUCUACUGUGGCUGGUCGAGAGGAUGAUUGAAUUAAGAGUGGCGGAUAACGCAGUGAAAGAGUGGAGUGACCAGGCAUCAUUCACCGCCAAUUUGCAGAGGGCAUUUCGUGAUGAUGCAUGGAGGAAUAUAGUUCCAGGCCUUCCAGCUAUCAUGCUUAGAUGCACCUCCAAGCUUGCUAAUGCCGUUGCUGCCGGGUCGAUUUUAGCUGCUAAGCAGGUUAGGAUGAGGCUUGUGAAGGAUUGGCUCCCAGUGCUGAUUGUUUGCAAAGACAAGGGCUCACCAGUUCUGCCCAAUCGUAAAUCACUCUGCCAGGAACUGGAGGAGACAUUCCUCAGGAUAAUUUCCACACUGCCUAUGUCGGAUGCACAAGAAUUGCUGCCACUUUGCCUUAGCUUCUGCACCCGUAAUAUUGAAGACUGCCCGCACUUGGUCUCAGCCUUCAACACAUGGUUCCGGCGAGCAACUAGACCAGCACUCGACUUCGAUUAAAAAGGAUGAAAUGUUUCAUUGAUACAUAUAUCAUCUUUCUAAUGAACUCGUUCACUGGAGGGAGAGCUGCCUGGUAGUUGGUCAACCACGAAGGAACAAAACCAGUAAAUACUGUACAUAUGAAAACAACGUUAAUGAGGAAAACUACUUUGUAUUGUAUUGUGCAUAUAAAAGUUGGAUAUUGUGGAAUGACUGGCUUGGGUCCUGGUUAGAUGGGCGUUUAGUUGCUCACUGUUACAGUGUUACCGACUCUGCUUGCAGGGAAAGAAGAUAACCAGCUUGAAUGCUUUUUAUGUUGUGCAUUCUAGCUGAAUGUACAUUCUUCAAAACACUAUUUUUCUAAUCAAAUUUACUUCUCUCCUUUCCCCCUUCUA